AUGGCUCAAGAGAAAAAUAAUUUCACUCAAACAUGCAUAUUAGUCUGUUCGUUAAUCCUGAUUGUGAUCGCAUUCGCUCUGAGUGCUGCCGGCCUAUUCAGCCCUAGUUGGCAGGUGGUCGAUAUACGGGAGUUUCGAGCCGAACAUCAUGUAAGCGGGGCGUCAACUCAAACGGGAUUGAUUGACGCUAUAAUACUUUAUUCUUUGCCUCUAUACACUGUUUUUGGAUGUAUUAAUCUAUGCAUGAAUCUUUUUCUUAUUAUGUUUUCAUUUCUGUGUUCAGCAUGGCAUAAAGCAGUUCUUGGAUGCCUCAUUGUUUCCCUUCUGUUCGCCUCACUGGCCCUCUGCUGUGGACUUUGCGCCCCGUGCAACGGUGGAUGCGCCGUGAUUUUCUCUAUAUUUGUCUUUCUUGCACUGUUUAUGGCUGUGAUUGGUGAUGGAAUUUUCUUCUUCGCUGCUCAUCGGGUCGACAAUCGAUUCGUUCAAGGGCUUGUAGGGACAUAUGAGCAACAAAUUGGUGUCGCUUUCUAUCUGCACGGUGCUGGCACGCUUGUACUUAUGUUUGGAUUUCUUGUGGCAGUGAUAGCAUCAUAUCAAAUUCUACGGAAAUCCGAGCUAUCAAAUUCAUUGCCGCUACGGGAACUUGCACCACUUUACGGAUCUCGAAUGAGAGAAACAUUCGCCUAA